ACGUCAUGACAUAUUUUGCUUUCGCGGGGAUGUCAAAACAUUCAGUUGUCAUCGUUUGGUGAAUGGCCAUCUCACAUAUUAUCAUGGCUAUGUCAGCGGAAAUAUUUAUGGUGGCCAUGUGAGAAAUUAGGACAUGUGGAUGGCUUCGAUUGAUUAUAAUGGUAAACUGCAUCGUAUAGUGGAUAAAUGUAUCGCGCACCUCUUCCCUCUUCACCGGCCAAUGUCAUAUGCCGUUCAACUUGUGUCAUGUCGUUUGUUACAGCCAAGUAUUAACAGAGCCGACAACAGCAACAGGAUGUGACAUGACAAGGAGAGCAUAUCCACAACAGAAAGGCAGAAUAGUGUGACAUCAGUAAAAAUGUCACGAGACAAUGGUGUACUGUCCAGUACCUUCACAGAGGUCUUCAAGUGCACGUCUCUGGAGAAAGAGCUGUCAUUGUGGGAGCAGGUGUAUCAAAGUCUCACUACUCCGACAGAAGAAACGGAGGAUUUCACGCUGACCAAUCACAGGACAGAAGCAGCUGAUGCUGGUCAUGUUGCAUCCAAGCGUGAUCCUCAUCUUCUCAGUCUUACGCAAACAGAAAUUGACAAUUUUGUGAUAUAUACAUUUGUGCGGAGGUAUGGAUGGUCGGAAGGGGUCAGGUUGAGUCUGACUGAUGCAAAGAUCGUGGUAGAGACUGGUGUGCCAGAAGUGAAGUCUGUCACCAAAAUUCACAGACAACAGUUGGAUUCACAGUUGGAUACAAUCAUUGAAUGGCUGUCCGAGCAGUGUGUGUGUUCAGAGUUACUGAGGAGUUUCCUGAAACUAGUCAAAGAAGCCUCAACCCUGCCGAUAGUGAGGAACAGGUCGGUGGUCCACACUCUCACCUGGCUACAAGGGACAGGGGAGCAGUUAAACAGAGCAGGCGUUCUCCCACUUGUAAAUGACUUCAUCUUAGCAGCAUUGACAGACGUCUGGUCAGCCAUACGUAAAGUCGGCUGUAACAAGCUGGGAGAUAUCAUAGGCUGCUUGUCUGAUGUGCAUCAAGAGGUGGUGUGGAACAGCCUCGUCAGGGUUUGUAAUGAUGAAGACACAACCUGGCAAGCAGUAGAUGGUGCUAUGUUAGGCAUCACUGCUAUAGUACAGCAUCUACACUCAGACAGAACAGCCAACCAGGUGAGCUUACUGUUAUCACCCAUUCUGCUUGUGAUUCCUCCUAUUCCUGGAUUUGUACAGCGAGAUAUUCUCACAGUAGUGUUUGGAGUUAUCUCCCAUUCCCAGCUGCCCAUACGAGAGUCGGCAGUGAAGGCAGUGUCUGCCUACAUUAGUCUAGUAGACAAACAGGAAUCAUUAAGAAUCCUGGGGCAGACGUUAGACCUGUUGAGAAGAGGAAAUCAUCAACAUGUUGACCAGGGAAGUCAAGAGUUUGUUGGUGCCUACAAAGCUGAGGGUUUGCUGAAUGUCUGCCAGUCUGUGAUCAAGAGUCUGUCGUUGCCCUCUCUGCUGCCAUGUUGGGGUGCUUACCUCUCCUCAUUCCUCCAUCACCUGGCUCACCCUGCAUCCUCUGUACGUCAGUCAGCUAGCUCCGUCUUCAAACUCUUGGUCCAGAAAUCCAGUGAGAAUGUUGUGUUGUUGUGCCAGGUGUUGCACACCCUGACUGAAGGCUGGACCACGUCUAUGUGUGAUGGAGCUCCAGCACCAGAUUCACAGACUCUCUCCUGGGAGGCUAAGGAAGGUCGUAUGUUUGCCUUUGAGGUCAUCUGCAGUUUCCUCAUCAAGAAUCACAUCAGGCAGAUGUUUUCAAGAAGGAAACCUAUCAAGUUGGAGAGUGAUCGCCUUUCUCCUGAAACCAAGGUCAUUCACCACAGUGUUUCUGUGGCCGAGGAAGGAGGCAACAUGGCCGUCCCAGUUCUCCAGGCCAAGACAGACAGCAAUCAGGAGUCUCCAAGCCUUUCUGUCAUAGCAGCCCUGAGACUGCACAGUAGGACAGAGGGACAGAUUGGGACUUCUGAUGUGAUCUCCAACAAGUUCCCUUGUGCCCGACAUGGAGCUGGAGAGAUACCAUCAAGCCAAUAUCCAGAAAAAACACAAACCAAAGUACGAACCAAAGAUUGUCCGAGUAGCCGCAGAUUGUUUGUGACAAUCCUGUACCAGACCAUGGAGUGUUUAGCUGACGAUCGGUGGGAGCUCCGUAGAAUUGCUCAACAGGUAUUGCCAUGUCUGGCGGAAGUGAUCCGGUGGUUUGACUGUGACGUGGUGCAGCACAUCUGGGACAAGCACCUGAGUGUUGACACCGGUCUCGCCAUGUACAUGUGUGUGUUCCUAUUAAAGGAGAGUCUCUAUCACUGCAUCCGACUGGAACCACUUCUUAAAAAAUCCCUGGAGUCGAUCGAGACUGCAGAGUUGAUGUCAUCGGUCAGGACCAUACUGGAGUGUGUCAAGAGGAACACGUCACGAUAUCUGCCUGUUGUCGACCUGCUGCUCAAGAGGCCAUGUUAUGACAGACUGUCCGUGAUCUCUGCUGAGGUCAUCAUCAUGGCUCAUCGACUGUUUGAUAUGGAGGCAGAUCAGAAACAGAGUCAGAGCUCGGCUGUGCUGAGUUUCUGGAGGCGUGUGUUCAGUUUCGCCCAUCCUGGCAGUCGGAUCACGCGGCACAUGGUCGAGGCACCAGCCAGGACGUUCACAUCUCCCUAUGAAGGAUACCUCAGUUGCUGCUUGGUGAAGCCAGAGGGAGACAGUCAGUGUGCUCGACAGGUUGAGAAGGUGUUUGUGAAGACUGUUUGCUGCCACCUCCAGUAUUAUCUGAGUUGUCUCCCUUGGACAACAGUAGCAGCUUAUCUCCCCUUGGUCAUUUACAAUAGUGGACUCAUCGUUGAUGAUACCCGUAUCUGCAAAGCAUUACUACGAUGUGUAAGCAGUCAGAGUUCCCGUGUGGUGAGCAACGUGUUGAGGGAGGAGUCAUCUGAACGCCAGUUCUGCCUCAAGUGUAUCUACUACUGUCUGAGAGAGGCUGCUGGUAUAGUGGCCAUGAAGAGUCUGGACACACAGCUGCUGCAGAAAGUUCUCAACAUAUACCUCAGUUUGUGUCGCGCCAUCAACCCUACCAGGCACCUGCAGAUGAUCUUCAAGGGCGUCUGUGGUCGGAUUGGGAAGUCAACCAGCCUGCAUGAAAGCAUGGACCUGUCUCCCAGACCUGACCGGGAUGUUUCCUUGUUGUGGCAAGCGUCGCCGAUGUUGCUAUGUGCAACAGACCCUGACAAGGCCGACAUGGAGGAGGAGGAAGAUAUAUUUGCAGGUGGAGACCUGUCAGCUUUCUAUGCUGAGUGCCUUACACUGAAUGUGAGCAAUACUAGUGGCCAGUUGAGCCUGUCUGGUAGACAACGGACAGUGAGCACACAGAGUGACGGGGGUGAGGCGCGGGACACUCAGGGGGGUCAGAAGGAGGGAGAGGAGUCAGAUGACUGGGACAGUUGGAGUGACGAUGAUCAGGAUGAUGCUACAGUCAUUGAGAUGUUUGCCACCUUCCUGCAUCAGCUGAAGGUAUCCCUCGGGGCAAGGUGCUGUUGCAAUAUUUGAGGAGGAGGUGAUGUUGCUUGAUGAAGAAGAGAGAAGAUUGAUUAACCGUGUAGUAUCUGAUUGAUGACGGUUUGCAGUGCCACAGUUUCAUCUCAUAUCAUUACAAGAGUUGAGGAUGGUCCAUGAUUUGACUGUCUACGUAUUGUUACAUUGAUAUUUUUAUAGGAAAAAAUCGUUAUCAAAAUUUUCAUGUUUCAUAAUAUAUUUUACUGAAUUAGUAGUCAUUUGUUUUGAUGCACUUUGUGAGUUAUUUUGUUUCUUUAGCUUUUGCCAGGGGGUUGUUCCACAAAAUAGUCAUUGGAAAGAGACUCUCAUACAUCUAUGUGAUAAUGAUAAGGACAUUUAUAUAGCACCACACCACACCACACCACACCACACCACACCACACCACACCACACGGGCAUGCUCUUAGCGCAUAUAACAUGAUGGAUAGUAUUACCCCGGAUAGCCCAAGCUGCCUGUGAAGUGCUAGAAGGUUAAUAGUCAUAUGACUUAUCCCACUGGGUACCCAUUUUCUGCUAGAUGACAGGCAAUUUUGAACGAAGUCACGUGACUAAGAUGAGACCACAUGUGUUGUGUAUGGGAGCUACGAUCAUCUUAGCAUUAAGAUCAGUUUGAUAAACGGUGCCCUGAUCAACAAGUGUGUUUAUACGAGGGAAGUGGUCAGACAUGAUCAGCCCAGUCGAGCGAUGUGCAGCAGGGUUGUGUCCCUUGGCUGUCCAGAAGGUUUGUGGGCUUGAAUUAUGGUUUGCCACAAUAAUGUUUCUAGAGAACCGUACUUUAAUCCUUGGUUUCACCAAAGUGGUAAACAUCUGACACCUGCAUCACUUCAGGUUUACCCUGCCUGACGCUCGGCAAUAAUAGAU